CACACACUCUCUCUCGACCUAACCCCACAAGCACCUUUCUCUGCUCAGACUUAUCCGUAAUUGGGUUUGGGGUUUCUUCUCCCAUCAUCAUCUUCGAGUCGAAACCCUAACCAUCGGAUCAGGUCUGAGUAUUGGAGUGUAGUGAUUGAAAUUUGGGUUUUUGGUUUCUGUUCAAAUUUGUAAGCCAAGUUUCAUGUCUGAACUCGACAUCCAGAUUCCUUCAACUUUUGAUCCGUUUGCUGAGGCAAAUGCUGAGGAUUCCAGUGCUGGGUCAAAGGAAUAUGUGCACAUCCGUAUACAGCAGCGGAACGGUAGGAAAAGCUUGACAACGGUGCAGGGGUUGAAGAAAGAGUUCAGCUACAAUAAGAUACUCAAGGACCUCAAGAAGGAGUUUUGCUGCAAUGGUACUGUAGUCCAGGACCCAGAACUAGGCCAGGUUAUUCAACUUCAAGGCGAUCAACGAAAGAAUGUCUCAACCUUCCUUGUUCAGGCUGGCAUAGUGAAAAAGGAACACAUCAAAAUACAUGGUUUUUGAGCUUGCAGUUUCCAUUGCUAGUUCCCUAAGAAUUCUGAAGUUAGAUUGUAAACCUAGCUGUUGUAUUAUCUCUAUGGUGGUGGUUUUGCUAUCAAGUUUGGUUUGUGGUGUCUCUUAAUUUCCCGAAUCUGAGUGUUACUAUGCAAUAUUUAUCAUUAUAAUAAAGGUGGUCUUGUGUUUUUUUUGCCUUGAAAA